CGGAUUAUGACGUGUUUUCGAGCCAGGAAUACAAGCUGAUGUCGAUAAAAAUGCACAAAAAUGGAAACGUCCCCGCUGUGUCACCAUCGCCCAAUCUAACCCUCGUGGGGCUGUUGUCCUGCGGCUUAACUGUCGUGCUAGGCGUUGUUUACACGACACUCGCCUCGCUGGGCAUUUACUACCGCUCCGGCUGCGACGCCGGCAUUGUCUCGCAGUCCGGCCCUGGCAGCAGGUUCUUCCUUAACACACUGCUGAGAUUGUAUUUUAAAAAGGAUGACUGCUUCCACUCCCUGGUACUGGAUCUGGACGUAACUAAGGAGCACACGGUUUUCGUGCUGACAUGCUUAACCCUGACAAUAUCACUUGUUUGUCUCUUAUCGGCGGUCGCUUUCAUUUCGGUAUUGUGCUUAGACCGUGCAGCGAAAUUCAUAGAACCGGUGGGUUACUGCUACGUGGUGGUUAUAAUCCUGUCCAUCGCGAUUGAGCUGGCAAUGGCUAUACACUUUGGCAUGGAUUACGGCACAUUUGCUCAAGAGAUGAACAACUCGUUCCCUGGCGCGAGUAUGAACUACAUUAGAGACAUGUACCGGCUGGGAGCGCUCUUGUUGAUGAUUGUCUCAAUUAAAGGCGGCAUAAUCCCCGUUCUAAAUAUUGUCUUCAUUGCGAUCAUUAUUUUCUGUCUGAUCGAAUUCAGGCACAAAGUUCAGAGCGAGGGGGUGAGUAAGAUGACUCACUCUAUGCAUAAAGUUGGAGCAUUGCGAGCUUUUGACCAACCGAGAAAAAUGGACGAACACUCAGAAAAUUCAUUUUCACAAAACAGACCGCAGCCCAAGAGAAAUGAUGAUGGAUGGCAAACUACUUUAGACAGCAAUUAUAUGAUCUACAGAGGGGCCCAUGCGAAUCCUGCAUUCACAAACGUAGAGGACGCUCCGCGCUCCCCCAGUCGCGACCCUCAACGAUCUGACUACAUUAACCCAUCAUUCGACCGGUCUUACUCCUGGCACCAGAGCCAGCCUUCAGUGGCGUCGCGGCCGUUCUCGUACCUGGAGGACAUCAAGCGUCAGCCGCCCCUCAAGGCUUCCAGUCCGGUCCGCGAGCCCCAGUGGCAGCGCGACAACUGGGACGAACAGGCGCCCCCUUUACCGGCCCCUGAUUAUAGUCCACAAACACCACGACGAUUAAAAUCGGCACUCAAAUCUUCAUAUAUGUAGAUAUGGAAUGGUAGAACCUGAAUAUAGUACCCAGUGUGACCCAGUCUUUGUGCUAAUUUAAGUCCUGUCCACUAAACUAAAUGGAAAAUAUUUUGUAAAAAACGCUUAAGUUUUAUGUACCUACUUUAUACCAAUUAAUUAUAGCUUUCUUCCUAGUCUCUGAGACAGGUCGUGGAUAUACAGACAUGAAGAAAUUAUUAGGAUCCCUGUCGACUACUGAACCCUAGAAAUGAAUACUCAUAUUUGAAACAAAACUAAUAGAAGCAAUUACUCCUAAAAGGAGAAACAACAUUGUAAUAAAAAUAUAAUAAACGUAAACACAUUUAGUGUAUAAGUUCAUUCAUGUAUUUUUUUUUCCUUUUGUUGACAUGCUGGGCAAAAGUCUUCUCCUUAUUUUUUAACCUAGAUCCAAGGCCAAGUCCGUAUAUUAUUAAUUACGCACACCUUUUUUGUGGGACUGGGUCCUUUUCAACCCUCUGAAACGGGUUAUUGUUAUAGUAAAAUAUUAUACUUUGAUCUAGUGCCAGUUUUGUUUUAAUGAAUUUGUACAGUUACAUCCUUCGAUCAAUUAUAGAACAAAAUGCAUAAUUCAAUUAAACCAACUACACUAUUCCGAUAAAAGUUCCAAAGAGUAAUUUAAUUUACUUAAUGUAAUUUAAACCAUAACUUGCUGAAAUAGAGCAAAAUAAGUCAUUAUUAGUGUCAAAUAACAUUCUACUAUUUACCG